AUGACAAUUAAAAAUUAUCCAUGGUGGAAAGAUUCCACAGUUUAUCAAAUUUGGCCAGCUUCUUAUAAAGAUUCAAAUGGUGAUGGUAUUGGUGAUAUUCAAGGUAUUAUAUCAACGUUAGAUUAUCUUGAAGAUUUAGGUAUUUCAGUUGUUUGGUUAUCACCUCAUUAUGAUUCUCCACAAGAUGAUAUGGGUUAUGAUAUUUCAGAUUAUGAAUCUGUUUAUCAUAAAUAUGGUAAUAUGGAUGAUAUGAAUCAAUUAAUUGAUGAAGUUCAUAAAAGAGAUAUGAAAUUAAUUUUGGAUUUAGUUAUUAAUCAUACUUCAGAUCAACAUGCUUGGUUUAAAGAAUCUAAAUCUUCAUUAACUAAUCCGAAAAGAGAUUGGUAUAUUUGGAGGAAACCUCAAUAUGAUUCAAAAGGUAAUAGGAAACCACCAACAAAUUGGAGUUCAAUUUUUUCAGGUUCUGCAUGGAAUUAUGAUCCAACCACUGAUGAAUAUUAUCUUUGUCUUUUUGCCAAAUCUCAACCUGAUUUAAAUUGGGAAAAUGAAGAAUGUAGAAAUGCUAUAUAUAAAUCAGCUUUAGAAUUUUGGUUUAAAAAGGGUAUUGAUGGAUUUAGAAUUGAUGUUGCAAGUAUGUAUUCUAAAGCUUCAAAUUCCAAAGGUAAGUUUGAAGAUGCUCCAAUUAUUUAUCCAAAUCAAGAAUUUCAACCUGCUGGUGAAUUAACAACAAAUGGACCACGUAUUCAUGAAUUUCAUAAAGAAAUGUUUAAAAAAAUUACAUCAAAAUAUGAUGUUAUGACUGUUGGUGAAGUUGGUUUUUGUUCUAAACAAGAAGCUCUUAAAUAUGUUUCUCAUGCAGAAAAGGAAAUGAAUAUGAUGUUUUUAUUUAAUGUUGUUUGUGUUGGGUAUGAUGGUGAUAAAUUUGAUUUUAAAGGUUUUAAUUUAAAAAAUUUUAAAGAUGCAGUUAUUUCACAAAGUGAUUUUGCUCAGGGGACAGAUGCUUGGUCAACUGUAUUCAUUGAAAAUCAUGAUCAAGCUCGUUCAGUUUCAAGAUUUGGUAAUACAUCAACUGAUGAAUUAUGGAAUAAAUCUGCAAAAUUAUUAAAUAUGUUGGAAAUUUCAUUAACUGGUACUUUAUAUAUUUAUCAAGGUCAAGAAAUUGGUAUGACAAAUUUACCAAAAAAUUGGUCAAUUGAUGAAUAUAAAGAUAUUGAAACUUUAAAUUAUUGGGCAAAACAUAAAAUUGAACAUCCAAAUGAUUCAGAAUCAGAUUUAAAAUUAAUGCAAAAUAUUCAAAUUACUGCAAGAGAUCAUGCAAGAUCACCAGUUCAAUGGGAUGAUUCUCCAAAUGGUGGAUUCACAUCGGGGAAACCAUGGAUGAAAGUUAAUGAAAAUUUUACUAAAAUUAAUGUUAAAUCUCAAAUUAAUGAUUCAAAUUCAAUCUUAUCAUUUUAUAAAAAAUCUAUCCAAUUAAGACAAUUAUAUAAAAAACUAUUUAUCCAUGGAGAUUUCAAAAUAUUAGAUUAUGAAAAUGAAGAUUUAUUUAGUUUUAUUAAAUCAUUUGAAGAUUCUAAAAGUUAUAUUGUCUUGAAUUUUAGUAAUAAAACCAUACCUUUCAAACCUUUAGUUGAUGGAGAACUGGAAUUAUUACAUACCAAUGUUGACACACCAGAACCAGGUGUACUAUCCCCAUAUGAAGGUAGAAUUUAUAUAUAG